CAAGCAACAAGACAACGCCGCAGACUUCUCGAGCAGCCAUGUCUCGGAUGAGCACAAGGCAGACAAGGCACAAGAAAACAACAACCAUGUUGCCCCGGCCGAAACCGUGCAAACUGCCCAGCAACCCACACAUACCCUUCCCACGAUGACCAGCGUGACCACGCACCCAACAUCUAGCCUCACGACCUCGGCGACUAUAACGGAGAGCACCCAUACCAUCUUGCCCAGCACCUCGUCCACAUCGUCGGCCACUUCCUCGCCGACACCCGCCGCAGCGAAAGACUCGGACGAUGGGUCAUUUCAAAAAGCAACCGGGGCACUUGCUGGUCUCCUUGGUCGACAACAGAAGGGCGAAGCGAAUCGAUCUAGGAUGGUUCAAGAUGCCUUCCGCCAGCCCUAUGUCGACACCAAGCCGCGUAGUUCGCAAUUCUACACCAACUUCCUCGGUACCGCUGUUGGGACUGGUGCGAGCGCGCUGGGCGCGGUUCGCCGCUCCCUCGCCAUGUCGAAGUCCAACCAUCACCACCAGAAAUCGGAGAAGGAACCCAUGCCGGAGCAGGGCCAUAUCCACCAUCCCUGCGAUGACGGUAUCUACGUCCGUGGCUGUGAUGUAGAAGAGAGAUCCGGUCAUGACUCUGACCGGAAUGACUCUAUUGCGGCAGAGAAAGCGGCCAUCAACGAGUCCACUCCGACCCUCGUGGUGUCGCCAAGCGAAACCAUGGCACGAGACCAAACUCCAACCGUCCGGCGAGUGAUUUCUGGUCGGCCCCAGAUGGAAAGCUCCGAAUCGGUUGAACCGAAAUCUGGACUCUCGCACAACACCCAGGAGGGCGAGGCGGAGUCAAGUGACAAAGCCCAGGAAAUCAACCUUAGCACCCACUCUCCGCCCCCGGACAAUGCAGCUCAGGAAAAUGGACCGCCUCCCCGCAAAGGCAAUGGACAGAACUUGUUGGCAAUUACCAGUAUGGUGCCGUCUUUGUCCGGCAUCUAUCGGGUUGAGAUUGCGUUCCAACCUAAGAAGGUUGGACAACUGGAUCUCUGUGAAGGUCAAUCUAUUAUCAUCCGUCAAUAUUUUGACGAUGGAUGGGCUCUCUGUGUCCCGGCAGAUGGCGGCCAAGAAGGCCUGGCACCUCGUGCCUGUCUGUCACCAUGGCCCAUCAAGAACGCCCCGUCCACCAGCUCUUCUAACUACAACGUGAGCGAUGGGUCACGGACACCAGAGUCUCCCACUGCACCCGGGACACCACGAUUCUACUCGCACUUCUACUCUGCUAGGAGCGUAACUCAAUGAUUGUACCGGCGUUCUCUUUUUUCUUCUUUCGUGUUUCCAUUUCGUUUUUGAUGGCAGGCUUUCUGGAUGUGUUGCUGCGCUUUGAAAGUGCUGGCGCAUGUAUCUUGGUUACAUUUUUUUUUUAGUUGGAUACCUUUCUUCUUCGCUCAUUUAUCUUGCUUUUGUUAUUCCUGGGACAGGAGGUUCAGGAUUACUUUGUAAUGUAGUGACUAAAAUGAGAACUUUGCACUCCUUACUUGCAUUCAAAAACCCCGUGUAUUGUAUCUCCAUACAUUCAGGAAUGCAUAAACAGCACCAUGGCAUUAGAAGGA